CUGAGCCCACGGCACCAGGAACCUUAUGCAUUUUGUAGGAGUAUUUUGAGGAUGAAUGUUUGCAAAUCAUUUUGAAAUUGCCAAGCGCCACAUACAUGGGAUGCAUUUUGCUUUUAUGCUGGAGUUCACCCCUGUGGCUUGGAUUUAUCACAGUAGCAUCUGUCUUCGGUCUGUUUGCUAACUAGAAAUCAAGAAAAGACAUGAGGAGGUUUGUUUACUGCAAGGUGGUCCUUGCCACUUCUCUGAUGUGGGUUCUGGUUGAUGUCUUCUUACUCCUGUACUUCAGUGAAUGUAACAAAUGUGAUGACAAGAAGGAGAGAUCCCUUCUACCUGCUCUCAGGGCUGUUAUUUCAAGAAACCAAGAAGGGCCAGGAGAAAUGGGAAAGGCUGUGCUGAUUCCUAAAGAUGACCAGGAGAAAAUGAAAGAACUGUUUAAAAUCAAUCAGUUUAACCUCAUGGCCAGUGAUUUGAUUGCCCUUAACAGAAGUCUUCCGGAUGUGAGAUUAGAAGGAUGCAAGACGAAGGUCUACCCUGAUGAACUUCCAAACACAAGUGUAGUUAUUGUGUUUCAUAAUGAAGCUUGGAGCACCCUCCUUCGAACUGUUUACAGCGUUAUAAAUCGUUCUCCACACUAUUUACUUUCUGAGGUCAUCUUGGUAGAUGAUGCCAGUGAAAGAGAUUUUCUCAAGUUGACAUUAGAGAAUUAUGUGAAAAAUUUAGAAGUACCAGUAAAAAUUAUCAGAAUGGAAGAGCGCUCCGGGUUAAUACGUGCUCGCCUUCGAGGAGCAGCUGCUUCAAAAGGGCAGGUCAUCACUUUCCUCGAUGCACACUGUGAAUGUACCGUGGGCUGGCUGGAGCCCUUGCUGGCGAGAAUAAAGGAAGACAGGAAAACAGUUGUAUGCCCCAUCAUUGAUGUGAUUAGUGAUGAUACCUUUGAAUAUAUGGCUGGGUCAGACAUGACUUAUGGUGGUUUUAACUGGAAACUGAAUUUUCGUUGGUAUCCUGUUCCCCAAAGAGAAAUGGAUAGGAGGAAAGGAGACAGAACAUUACCUGUCAGGACCCCUACUAUGGCUGGUGGCCUAUUUUCUAUUGACAGAAACUACUUUGAAGAGAUAGGAACUUACGAUGCAGGAAUGGAUAUCUGGGGUGGAGAGAAUCUUGAAAUGUCUUUUAGGAUUUGGCAAUGUGGAGGCUCAUUGGAGAUUGUGACUUGCUCUCAUGUCGGUCAUGUUUUUCGGAAGGCAACUCCAUACACCUUUCCUGGUGGCACCGGUCAUGUCAUCAACAAGAACAACAGGAGACUGGCAGAAGUGUGGAUGGAUGAAUUUAAAGAUUUCUUCUAUAUCAUAUCCCCAGGUGUUGUCAAAGUGGAUUAUGGAGAUGUGUCAGUCAGAAAAACACUGAGAGAAAAUCUGAAGUGUAAGCCCUUUUCUUGGUACCUUGAAAACAUCUAUCCGGACUCCCAGAUCCCAAGACGUUAUUACUCACUUGGUGAGAUAAGAAAUGUUGAGACUAAUCAAUGUUUAGACAACAUGGGCCGCAAGGAAAAUGAAAAAGUGGGCAUAUUCAACUGUCAUGGUAUGGGAGGAAAUCAGGUAUUUUCUUAUACCGCUGACAAAGAAAUCCGAACCGAUGACUUGUGCUUGGAUGUUUCUAGACUCAAUGGACCUGUAAUCAUGUUAAAAUGCCACCACAUGAGAGGAAAUCAGUUAUGGGAAUAUGAUGCUGAGAAAGCAGGUAAAUGGGAAUAUAAUUUCAAGACCCACACUCUUCUUCACAUAAUCACCCAGUCCUGUCUCUCAGUAAGAAAAGUAACUGGUGGCUCCCAACAGCCCACUGUGGAAAUAUGUAAUGAUAGCCCUUUGCAAAAAUGGCUACUAAGAAACUAUACAAGAACGGAAGUUUUUAGAAAUAUUUUUGAGAAUCCUACUGAUUACGUUCUCUAAUAAUUUUUGGAGAGACUCACCUUGAGACAUGUGAACAGUAACCAGUGUCUCGAUGAACCUUCUGAAGAAGACAAAAUGGUGCCUACCAUGCAGG